AUGGUCGCCUCCAAACGCAAGCCCGCCACCUCGCCCAAGCCCGAGCCACACGACGAAGACGAAAAAGCUUUGGACCCGAAGCUCGCCGAGCAUCCGGACGAGGACGAAUCGGAAACGUCCAAACCACCCACCAAGCGUCAGAAGAAGUCCACCUCUUCUUCGCCCUCCAAAACCUCCUCACGUUCGGCGGUCGUCCAGGGCGGUGCCAAGGUGGAAAAGUCCUACGGAGGCGCAGCGUAUGCCAAAUCUGGUGACGGCUGGCAUCGGUCCGACUUCAAUCCUGCCCCCAAAGGUCGUUCGGACAACCGUACGCCGCUGAACGAUCUCGAGGCCGCGCUCAAAGACCACGCCCCUUCCAAAAACAACGACGUGGGGGAUGGCAAGAACGUCGUCUACUGGAUGCGCAUGCACGAUCUGCGCGUCCACGACAAUCGAGCACUCGCACACGCGAGUAAGCUCGCCGAGGCACGACAAAAGAAGGGCAAAGGAGGGAAUCUCGUUGCGCUGUUCGUCAUCACGCCGGCGGACUAUCGGGCGCACGAUCGCGGCGCGAGACGCAUCGACUUUGUCCUUCGCACACUGGCCAGUCUCAAGGAGCAGUUCGACAAGCUCAACAUUCCCUUUGUCGUCUACACCCACGAGGGAAAACGCACGCAGGUGGGCGAAAAGGUGCUCGAGCUGUGCGGCCAAUGGAACGCCUCCCAAUUGACGGGUAACAUCGAGUACGAGGUGGACGAGCUGUGGCGCGACAUCUCCGUUGUCGAAUCGGCCAAGAGCAAAAAUGUUGCGUUUAGCCUGUUCCACGAUUGCUACGUCGUUCCACCGGGUCGGGUGCUGACCAACGACGGAAGGCCGUAUAGCGUCUUUUCGCCGUGGAAUCGGAGGUGGACGGAUUGCAUCGCUAAGGACAUGUCGUUGAUCGAAGCGUCGCCCGAUCCGGCGGCGAACGAGAAGAGUAUUCACAAGGAUAGCACGCUAGGGAAGCUGUUCAGCCUCGAUAAGCUCGGUGAAGGAUACGGUAUUCCCAAGCAGCUACCCGGGUUCGAGUGCAAGGACACCGAGUAUAUGGCCAAGCUGUGGCCUGUUCGGGGCGACGCACCCAAGCAGGUGCUGGACAACUUUAUGAAGGGCAAAGGCGGGGAGACUGCGCUUGACCGACCAGCGAACGAGCCGUCGACCGCCGACGUCGGUGCCAAUGCUAAAGAGUCGCGUCUCGGGCGGUACGCGGAAGGUCGCAAUCUGCUCAACGAGAAUGGCACUUCGCGGAUCAGCCCGUAUCUCGCAGCAGGGUUGGUGUCGGCACGCGAGUGCCUGCGCCGCACCAAAGAGGUGACGAAGAACAAGCUCACCGUCGGCCGUGACAGCGGCGCGGCCAUGUGGAACACCGAGAUCAGCUUCCGUGAUUUCUACGGCCACGUCCUCGCCGCCUGGCCCAAGGUAUGCAUGGGCCACGCCUUCAUCACCAAGUACGAGGACGUCAAGUGGGAGACGGACCCCAAGACGCUGCAAGCAUGGAAAGAGGGCAAGACGGGCUACCCCAUUGUCGACGCUGCCCAACGACAGUGCAUACAGCAGGGAUACAUCCACAACCGCGGCAGGAUGAUUACCGCCAUGUUCCUCACCAAACAUCUGCUGCACGACUGGCGCGAGGGCGAGAGGCAUUUCUCGCUCAACUUUAUCGACCAGGACUUUGCCAGCAACAACGGAGGAUGGCAGUGGAGCGCCAGUACCGGCACGGAUCCUCAGCCCUACUUCCGCAUCUUCAACCCACUGAGCCAGUCGGAGAAGAGCGACCCACAGGGUGACUACAUCCGACAUUUUGUUCCCGAGCUCAAGAACGUUAAGGGCAACGCGAUUCACGAUCCCUUCCACCGACUUGGCAAGGCCGAGUUCGCCAAGCUGGGGUAUCCUGAGCCCAUUGUCGAGCACGCAGAAGCAAGACAGAGGGCACUGCGGAGGUACAAGAAUCCCGGAGACGAGUAG